UGUUGCACAAGAGGAAACAUUAGAGCCAAGAUGGCGACGCUUUUCAAAGCACGGAGAGCUCUGGUCAUGGCAGCUGGUCAUGGAGCUCGUUGUUUGACCCAGCUUGCGGAGUUGCCAGAAUUGCAUCAAAUGAUGAGACAGACAUGUAGAGACUACGCUCAAAAGGAACUUGUGCCAAUCGCUGCCCAGCUGGAUAAAGAUCACAUGUUCCCAGCCAAGCAGGUACGAGAGCUCGGUAUGAUGGGGGUCAUGGCUGUAGAGGUUCCAGAGAGUCUGGGUGGAGCUGGGAUGGAUUAUCUCGCAUACAGUCUCGUCGUGGAAGAGCUCAGCAGGGGAUGUGCCUCCACUGGAGUCAUCGUCAGUGUGAAUAAUUCACUGUAUCUAGGUCCAAUUCUGAAGUUUGGCACAGAGGAACAGAAAAAGCAAUGGAUUACACCCUUCACCACGGGGGAAAAAUUGGGAUGUUUUGCUCUGAGUGAGCCAGGAAAUGGCAGCGAUGCGGGUGCGGCGUCAACAUUAGCACAGCAGGAGGGAGACGAGUGGAUUCUGAACGGAACCAAGGCCUGGAUAACCAACUGCUGGGAUGCUUCUGCCACGGUUGUUUUCGCUACAACAGAUAAGAGCCUAAAACACAAGGGAAUUAGUGCGUUCCUGGUGCCGAUGCCUCAUCCAGGUUUGUCUUUAGGGAAGAAAGAGGACAAACUGGGAAUUCGGGCUUCAUCCACUGCCAAUAUCAUUAUGGAAGACUGCCGUAUCCCAGUCGGCAACAUGCUGGGAAAACGGGGAAUGGGCUUCAAAAUUGCAAUGCCUAACGACACCACAGUGACUGAUCGAAUUUCAGCCUGCCUGGCAGACAUCUCUGCCUGGAUGAAGGAACACCACCUGCAACUCAACCCAGCCAAGACUGAACUCCUUGUCUUUCUAGCCAACUCUGCUGUUGAACACAACAUCACCGAGCAGCUGGGUGCAACUACAGUAACGCCUUCCAAAACGGUCAGAAAUCUAGGGGUAACCAUCGACAACAGACUAAAUUUCACAGACCACAUCUCAAAGACUGCAAGAUCAUGUAGAUUUACACUCUACAAUAUCAGGAAGAUAAGACCCUUCCUCUCUGAACAUGCCACACAACUGCUUGUCCAGUCACUAGACUGGACUACUGUAACGCUCUCAUUGCAGGCCUCCCUGCAUGUGCAAUUAGACCCCUGCAAAUGAUCCAGAAUGCAGCAGAACGUCUGGUCUUUAAUGAACCAAAGAGAGCGCAUGUUACACCACUCCUUGUCUCUCUCCACUGGCUGCCAUUUGAUGCACGUAUCAAAUUCAAGGCUCUGAUGCUGGCAUACAGAACAGUCACUGGGUCCGCUCCAGCAUACCUAAAAUCAUUUAUGCAGAGCUACGCGCCCACUAGAAGCCUGCGGUCGGCUAAGGAACGUCACCUUGUUGUACCAACACAAAGAGGCACCAAAACACUUUCCUGGACUUUCAGCUUCAUCAUACCACGAUGGUGGAAUGACCUUCCCAACUCCAUCCGUGAAGCUGACUCACUCUCUGUCAUCAAAAAACGACUAAAAACACCUUUUCCAUAAGCACUUAACCAGUCAUUAAUAAAAAUAAAAAUUAAAAAUUAAAAUAAAUUCUUGUUGCACUUUUAAUCUGUUUUGAAUACUAUUCUGAUGCUAGUGAAACUUUGUAGUAUGGCACUUUUUCAUACCACUGUCUCCUUAAAAUGAUUCGCUUUUGUUUUCCUCUUUUGUAAGUCACUUUGGAUAAAAACGUCUGCCAAAUGAAUAAAUGUAAAUGUAUAGGGGGCCACAGCUCUUCUGAUAACAUUAGGAGUUUCAGCAAUUUUAUGUGGUCAGUGGCGAAUGAUCAGACUCCAGUCGCUGCCAUCUCACUUGAUGCCGAAAAGGCAUUUGAUAUGGUAGAAUGGGAUUAUCUUUUUAAGAUUUUGGAAAUAUACGGGUUCGGGAAUACUUUUAUUGGAUGGAUUAAGUUACUUUAUAGACACCCGGUAGCGGCGGUACAAACAAAUGGAUUAAUUUCAGAUUAUUUUACUCUGGAUAGGGGCACCCGGCAGGGUUGUGCUCUUUCCCCAUUAUUGUUCUGUCUUGCCCUGGAACCAUUAGCAGCCGCGAUAAGAAGGGAAGAUGAUUUUCCAGGGGUGGUGGCGGGAGGUGUGGCGCAUAAGCUUUUGCUUUACACAGAUGAUAUUUUUUAUUUAUCUCUGACCCCACUAGAUCUAUGCCUUGCCUCCAUAGAAUUAUUAAUUCCUUUUCUAAGUUCUCAGGAUACAGAGUCAAUUGGUCCAAAUCUGAAGCUUUGGCUCUGACAGAGUACUGCCCAGUAAUGGCUUUCCAGCUGAGCGCCUUCCAGUGGCCCAAACAGGGCAUUAAGUAUUUGGGCAUUUUAUUCCCAGCACAUGAUUUAGUUAGAGUUAAUUUUGACCCCUUAAUAAAAAGGUUUUCGAGCAAUGUGGGCAGGUGAGCUUUAUUACAUUUAUCUAUGAUUGGGAAAGUUAAUGUUAUUAAAAUGAAUUGUAUUCUAAAAUUUAACUACCUGUUACAGUCUCUCCCUGUAGAUGUCCCUCUCUCUUAUUUCAAGCAAUUUGAUAACAUAGCGAAGUCUUUCAUUUGGAAUGGUAAACGUCCCAGAUUACAUUUCAGUAAGUUACAUAGGCCGAUUGACAAAGGUGUGCUAGGCCUACCCAAGAUUUUGUUUUAUUAUCAUGCAUUUGGUCUCAGACAUUUGGCUCAUUGGUCGCUUCCACCUGAGAGCCCCCCUCCCUGGUUUUGUAUUGAAUAGGAAGUUCUUGCCCCUAUUUUGCCAUUGCAAAGCCUUUCUGGCAAACUAAUCGGUGAAGUUAAGCUACACCGUUAUCUCGCAUUUGCACUCUGUAUGGACAAAAGUGUCCAGGGUGUUUAAUUUGGACAUUUAUUUAAAUGUUGCCUCAAGCAAAUGGCUGAAACCUAAAUUAUGUAUUAAUAAGUCCCCUUUCUGCUGGUCAGAAUGGAUUGUGAGGGGGAAUGCUAGACUCGGAGACCUAUAUGAGUGUUGAGAUCUUUUGAAAAUUUGGCUUAACAUUUUGGGAUUCCCAGAUCUCAGUUCUUUAGGUAUUUACAGCUGCACCACCUGCUCUGUAUUGUUUCUGGGAGUAGCACCCCACCCUCCAAAGCAGCAGAUACUCUGGGAGAGGUGAUUACUGCUUUGAGUUCAUGAGGCAUCAGUGUAUUACUCCCUGCUAAUUCAGAGUCUGGGGGUCAGAGCUUUAAUUUCUAUCAAGAGAUUAUGGGAGAAAGAUUUAACUUGGUAUUGGAGGAGGGAGUGUGGGCCAGGAUUCUAAAAAAACGUCAAGUUUGCAUCUAGAGAUGCAAGGGUUCGCCUUAUGCUAUUCAAGAUUUUACAUAGACUCUGUUGGACCCCCUCUAGAUUGUAUAGGCUUGGUCUUAAAGACACACUCACCUGCUGGCGAUGCCAAUCAGAAGAUGGAGACACAACCCAUGUUUUUGGGGUGUGUGUUAAGAUCCAAGAAUUGUGGUUGUUUGUGUGACAUUUUGGGCACUCAGAUUUUACUUUGCCCCAGUAUUUUGGGUGAUGGGGUGGUCAUAAAUUUGGGGGAUAAACACACAAAAAAUUGGGUUCUGACUAGUAUCAUGAUUGGCAGGCAAAUUAUUUUAAGGGGAUGGAAGUCGGAAGGAGCGCCCUUAUUUCUGGAGUGUUGUGUGCAGAUGGGGAGGCUGGCAGCUUUCGAGCAGGUGGCAAGUAGAAAGCUGAGGUUUUGGGACUUAUUUGUUAGGAAAUGGGGCAAUUAUUUAGUGUUUUUGGGAGACUCUCAGGGAGGGGAUGUGGAGAGAGAAGUUUAGUUUAAUAAUUUAUGUUUAUUUAAAAAAAAAAAUUUUUUGUGUGUGUGUGUGUGUGUGUGUGUAUUAUGAUGUGAAUUAUGAAUUGAUCCAAAUAAUCAUGUGUGUGUAUAUAUAUAUAUAUAUAUAUAUAUCACCAGAUGAGAUUUAAUGAGGAAUAAGAUUUAUUAUUAUUCACAAAAUAUGAAGUUGGAGACGUGAUGUAUGUGCUGACGAGCAACAUUUCCAUAUAGUCGCAUUUUUCUUUCCAUGCCCUCACUUCAAUUUAGAACACUUGAUUAUCUAAAUAGGUAUUGAAGUGAGGAUAAAAAUAUGAAUGUUGUCAAUAAGGAAAGAUUUAGAUGCAAUAAAUCCCAACAUGAUUGUUUUCAUUUUACCUCAAAAGGCUAUUGUUAUACUGUAGAACUAAACCGUUGUAACUGUAGAAUCCUCCAGCGCCGGCCACAGAGGAACACAGAGGAAAAAGAAAACUAUUGGGAUAGAUUUUUGCUGAUAACCAAUAGUUCCAAAAAGCAACUAUCGGCACUGAUUAAUCAGUUAAACCGAUAUAUCGGUCUAGCUCUAUCCUAAACUGUCUAAACGUGAGUAGUUCACAACAAAGUAAUUUCUAAAACGUAGGUAAUAUUUAUUUGAUAUUAUUUCAGGAGCCAAGGUUUCCAGGACAGUUUUCUCAUGAUAUUUAAUCAUAUAUAUUAAACAUAUUAAACUUUAAUAUGUCUGAUACACGUUAAAAUAAUUGUAAUUUUCAAAGUAUAUGAAUAUUUGGUUAACGUUUGGCUUUUGCCAUUUUGCCCAUUAUCACAAACUAAACUGUUAUUUUUGUCAGAGUUACUUUUCAAAAUGUAUUUAUAUGACAUGAUGAAAUAUUGACUACAUUUAAAGGACAUUUUCGUCAAAAGAAAAAAUUUAUGACUAAAAUAAAAACUGAAAAUUAACGCUGCUUUGCGCACUUUU